UGCUGCUGCUGCCGUUGGAGGCCCGCGUGGCCUGAAGAGCCUGCGGGCCUGCUGGGUCCUGGGCUCCUGGCAAGCUCAGUGAUGCCCGGUGGAGUCUGGGGGCCUGGCCCUGAGGGCGCCGCCAGCUGAAAUCUGCCUCUUGAGCUAGGCCUGGGUACUGGCAGGACGACCCGGACGGGGUGCUGGAGGAGCGCUGCUGGGCAGGGAGACCAGCCCCUGCGGGGAUCCCCGUCUUAGCCUCGGCUUGGACCUGAGAGGGCAAAACUCGAUCCUUAGGACCUUGACCAAGUAAAAUGAGGGAAGUUUGCUAAUAAAGAUAUCACCAAAGAUUCGAAGCAUAAUCAUCUAGAGGAAAUGCUGGUAGUAUGGCUGUAUGUGUAUGUUCAAAACUCUCUACAGCAGACAGUCUUGUUUUAGGGGCUGUCCAGAUUAUGAUUGGCAUAUUUCACGUUUUCAUGUGGUACUUCCUACUGAUUUUGUAUAUGGGACAAAUUAGAGGAGUCUUUGGGACAUACGAACCUAUAACUUACAAAGCAGGAUGUCCUUUAUGGGGAGUCAUCUUUAUCAUUGCAGGAGUCUCCAUAAUAAGAGUAGCAAAGCAUCCAACUCCAGGCGUGAUUACAUUUGCUUUGAUCAUGAACAUCUCAUGCAUAAUUACUUCAGUUAUUGCAUCAGUUCUAACAAUAAUUGAGUUGUCUUCUUUUAAUUCGGUGUCAUAUAGGAAUUACGGACAAGCGAAACUUGGAAGGGAAGUUUCACGUAUUUUACUGCUCUCUUACUCCCUUGAGAUUUCUGUUGCGUUAACAUACGCAAUCUUUGGCUGUAUUGGUUUGAGUCAUCAUAAUGAAGAUAGUCUCACAGCUGUCCCAGAGGAAUUUGAGAGUACUUUUUAAGAACCUUAAAAAUGUGAGAUUUUUCCUGGUGCUCAUACCUGCUGUGGGCCCUAAUGAUAUCUCUGUAUAACAAAGCUGCUACAAAGCCCACAGGUGUUGUGCAAAAGAAAAUACAAAACAAGUUGGAUUUUUUCUUCUCGGUAUUCAAGGAAUUUCUCUGCACAUAUUUUUGUAGGCUCCAAGUGGAAAGCUUUUCCCUAUUUAAAUACGUUAUUAUGAGGGAAAAAUUAUUUUCUAGUACUCUGAACCUGUCAACCCUGUCUUAACUCUGAAGCUUCACCUCUCCCUAAGAGAGCUUUUGUAAGAGACCAUAAAAAAGAUCUGUGAUUGUCUCUAGAGGGCAGGCUAUAAAGACUUGGUGAGUGAUACUACGUAAUUCUCAGGAAAACUUUAAAAUACAAGUAAAGAGUACAUUUCAGUAUGACUUCUUCUACCAGAACUAGCUUCUACUUGAACAAAGGAUGAAUCCAAAGUCAUCCAAUUCAUAGUCCCUUCAUUGUUCCUCUUUGACUGUUUCUCUCCUCAUUAAAGUUCCUUCCUGCCCUGAAA